AUGGCUCCAUACAUGAAUCACUUCAACUUGUUGCAAACCAUCUCCCUUUUAUACUUUUUUUUCACACUCACCUCCAUUGGAUCAUCCCUAAGCCAUGAUGAGGAAUGCUCAGCCUUGUUUCAGUUUAAGCAAAGCUUAAUUCAUCAAGAUGAUGAAGCGCUUUGUGGUGCUAGUUGGUUUCAAACAUUCCACUCCUGGAAGCCCACUAACAAUGCAUCAGAUGCUGGUUUUGAUUGUUGUUCGUGGUAUGGGGUGGAGUGCAGCAAUGACCAUGAGUACGUUCAUGUGAUCAGCCUUGACUUGAGUGAAAGAUCUCUUUGCGGGCUUAUCAACUCUAACAGCACUCUCUUCAGCCUCGUUCAUCUUCAGAGGCUCAACCUUGCCUUCAACUACUUUUAUGAAUCUCAAAUCCCAUCUGAGAUUGCUCAUCUAAAGCAAUUAAGAAGCCUCAAUCUCUCUCAUUCUGGGUUUAGUGGCCAAGUCCCGAAUGAGAUCUCACAGUUGAUGCUGUUGUCGUCUUUAGCUCUAUCAGGGAAUUCACUAAAUCUUCACAAUCCUAGUGGCUUCAAGAACCUAGUGCAAAACUUAACAGGACUCGAAGAACUCCAUCUCUCAGGUGUUGACAUUAGUUCUUCUGUACCUCAUUUCUUGGCAAACUUUUCUUCUCUAAGGUCAAUCAGGCUACAAAACUGUUUGCUUCAAGAUGAAUUCCCUGCAGCCAUUUUUCAGCUACACAAGUUGAAAAUUCUUGAUUUGUCAUUCAAUACAAACCUCAUAGGUGCCUUUGUUGAAUUUCGUAACAGCAGCUCACUUGAAAUUGUGAAUCUACGUUAUACAAGUUUCUCCGGGAUUUUACCAGAAUCCAUAAGCAAUCCAAAAAAUUUAACAGUCUUGUGCCUUACCAAUUGCUCUUUCUCAGGGCACAUUCCAGGUUCACUCUCUAACAUGACACAACUCACUAAAUUGGCUCUUGGUGGGAAUAAGUUUGCAGGCUUUGUUCCUUCAUUGGUAAGUCUUUCAAAACUCGUGGCUUUAGAGCUGAGUGACAGCAGAUUUGAUAAGGGAGUCUUGCCUAACUGGCUUGGCAUGAUGGCUGAACUUAAUGAACUGGUUGCAUACGAUAUGGACAUAAUCGGUGAAAUACCAGCCUUUCUUGCAAACCUAACCAAACUUAGUAAUGUGGCAAUCGGAAGAAAUUCUUUUACUGGUCAUAUACCAUCCUGGCUUUUCAACCUCACCCAGCUAUCAUUUAUAGACCUUCAACGAAAUCAACUGCAAGGACCAAUUUCAAGUUCAUUUUCCAACUUGAAAAGUCUUCAAUUGCUUGAUUUUGAAUACAAUAAUUUCAGUGGGAGUGUCAUCUUAGACAUGUUCCUAGGACUCGACAAACUCGAAACUCUCGUCUUAGGUCAUAACAUGAUAUCAUUAGCGGCCACCAACAAUUACACCAAUAGCACCUUACCCGAACUAAAAAUCCUAGCACUGUCGACAUGUAACUUGAAGGAAUUCCCUGCCUUUUUGCGUUUCCAAAAUAAAAUGGAACUCUUAUUUCUCAACCGAAACAAGAUUGAUGGCAUGGUACCCGUGUGGAUCUGGAACAACAGCAAAGAAACAUUACAUGCGGUUGACCUUUCACACAACUCCAUCACAGGCUUUCAACAGCAUCCUCAAUUUCUACCAUGGAGCCGUUUACAAAUUUUUUUGAUCAAGAAUAAUCAGUUACAAGGGAAGCUACCAAUUCCACCACAAACCACAGUUGUUUAUGUAGCCUCAGAUAACAAUCUGACUGGAGAAAUACCACCAUUGAUAUGUGAAUUGAAAUCUCUUCGAGCGUUAAGUUUGACGUCUAACAACAUGAGUGGACAUCUUCCUCCAUGUGUGGGUAAGUUAAGCAAUUCGUUGGUGCUUUUGGAUCUGAGCAUAAAUAACUUUCAGGGCAUAAUGAUGAAUGAGUUUAUGCAUGGUAGCCUGUUGGAAUAUAUUGAUUUGAGCAAAAAUCAAUUUACGGGUGAGCUACCAAGAUCAUUGACAAAUUGUACCAAUUUAGAGUUUCUCAAUCUUGGAGAUAACUCGUUCCAUGACGGCUUUCCUUCUUGGUUGGGAAAUCUUCCCAACCUGCAAGUUCUCUCGUUGCGGGCUAACAAAUUUUAUGGGCUGAUUCAAUCUUCGACAACUGUUUCCUCACAGUUCCCUAAGUUGCGGAUCAUAGACCUCUCUAACAACAACUUUAAUGGUCAGUUGCACCCCAAGUACUUCCAAACAUGGAAUUCCAUGAAAUCCUUUUAUGAUGGUGAAUCUAUUGAAUCGUUCACGUCAACGGAGCCAUACACAAUGACAAUAAUACAGAAAGGUUUCAGAACAGAGCACCAACAUAUCCUAAACAUAUUCACGGCUAUUAAACUCUCUUCUAACCAUUUUGAGGGAGAAAUCCCUCUAUCACUCAAAGAUCUUCGAGGCCUUCAAGCACUCGAUCUUUCCAACAACCAUUUUACUGGAGGUGUCUUGCCAUCGUUGGGGUACCUUAAGAAUCUUCAAGUGUUGGAUCUCUCCCAAAACAAUCUAUCUGGAGAAAUUCCUAAAGAGUUGUUGCAACUCAAUAUCCUUUCCAUUUUCAACGUGUCAUUCAACAAUCUUGAUGGGCGCAUACCACAAGGGAAUCAAUUUGCUACAUUCGAGAACGACUCCUACAUGGGGAAUCUACAAUUGUGUGGAAGACCUUUAUCCAAGGAAUGUCAAAGUUCAAAGGCAUCAAGGCUUCCACCAACAAGCAAUACGUAUGAGUCUGAGUCUCUACUCCCAAACGAAAUAAUUGAUUGGAUCUUCGUAUCCUGUGGAGUUGGAAGUGGAUUGGUUUUUGGGAUUGUUAUUGGGAACUUUCUAUAUGAAAGGUAUCGUGAUCGGUUCACAAAGAUGAAGGACAGAUGGAUAAGGAGGCCACUUCAUAGCAUAAGGAGAAACCAAGGUUCAGGAGGUGUGAUAGCUUCACGUUCAAAGGGAAAGGAGAAGGCGUAGAAGAACUUCAAGGGAUUUUAGUCUAUUUUACCGUUAAAUAUAUGUGUUUUAAGCAUAAGACUGUGUUGCUUUCAAUUGGAUUUCUUCGAGUUAUACUUUUAGUAGUUUAUGUUGGCAUAAUCAUCGAC